AUGACGCACCACAGCAACACACUCGUAUUCACCAAUCUCCCCAGCUGCAUAUUCGACACGCACAUCCUCGAUAUCCUCAAAUCAGCCAUCGAAGCCCACGCGCUGCGCUCCGAUAACGAGCUCUACUCGUGGAUACCGCUUGGUUCAUUCGGGAGAGCAAUAGCAAUUUUCUGGGAUGCCGGCGAUGCGCAGCUCUGCAAAGAUCGUCUUGAUAGGCUGGCUGUGGGGGGUAAAGGGCACACAGGGCACACAGGGCUCACACACACACCACACACACCACACACACCACACCUCCGCAAACGCCACAGGGCUCGCUCAGACUGCGCUCCUCUUGCCCCCGCUUGGAACCACGGCUUCCUUCUGCGCGUCUUCUCCCUCCCGCCAACACCCACACCCGUAUCGACCAAGACUCACAGCGAAUUCUUCCUAAGCGUUCCUGGCAUAGAGAAAAAUUUCCUUAUCAGCCCUCCUGGAUCCCCGCCUGUGGGAUGGGAACCUGUCAAAGAGGAUCCACCCAAUACUGAGACACUGGCAGAGGACCUCGUCGCUGCGUUGACUACGAUACGGGGUGCAAAUGGUGCAGACAGUACACAGAAUAGUACGGAUGAUUUAGACAGGAUGGAUGCUCAGCUCGAAUCCGACAAUGCAUUACCAAUCAACAUGGACGACGUCACUCACACACACUCCUCACUACCUCCUUUUCAACUCCUCCUCACUCCUCGACCAGAUGUCCCCGGUGUGUCUGUAGCGGAUUUUGAAGACGCUACUCAACAACAGCAGCAACGACAGGAUCAACAGAGCACUCCCACCCACACGCGCACACCCAGCUUAAGUGUUCCAGCUGAGCCUGCCCCAAAUACUAUCCAACCCACUCCACGGCCGCCUGUGUGA